UCCCAUGCACGUGUGUGUGUGUAUGUAUGUAUAUAUACUACCUUCUCCGCACACUCUGCCAUAUUCCGAAUAUUUGUUUCCAGUACCGCACGUCAAAAUGCAAGGAGCCCUGCUGGUGACGGCCGCAUGUCUGCUGGGGGUCGGGUCCGCCCUGACGCCGGCCUGCCCACUGUGGAACCCGGCAAACUACACGGUGCAUCUGCCACACCAGGCGGACUGCGGCCUGUUCUACAGCUGCAGCUGGGGCCGACCGGUGCUGAUGCACUGCCCCGCUGGGCUGCACUUCAACCCGGCGCUGCAGGUGUGCGACUGGCCGUGGAGAGCCGCCUGCCAGGGAGACUGCCCAAAGCUACCGGACCUGGAAGGGGGGUCGUGGUCCCCAGCGUCGUGCAUCGGCAAGCUGAGCACGCAGGGGGACAGUUGCAGCCUCAAGUGCACCGCCGGCUACGAGCUGAUUGGCAGCGCCUCCGUCAGCUGCAUCGACGGCAGCUGGAGCGGCUCUGCCGGCGUGGGUCAUGUGCCCUCCUGCAAGACCCCUGAAGACUUUGGCGCAGAGUUCGUGGACAAGAUCAACCGGACGCUGAACGGCGUCAACGCGAGCCUGCUGUUCGUCCUGGACGAGUCGGGCAGCGUCUCGCUCAGCCAGUUCGACAUGGAGAAGACCUUCGUCAAGGCCAUCGUCAACGCGUUCCCGUUGUCGGGGAGCCGCUCUGCCGGGGUGGUCACCUUCAGCGACACGGCGGCCGUCGACGUGCGCGCGGACCAGAACUCGACCUGCGACUUCCUGGCGGCGGUGGAAGGCAUCCGCUACACCGGCGGCGGCACGGACAUCAAGCUGGCCCUGGAGACCGCCGGCACGGAGCUGAGAGCCAGGCGCGCGCACAGCCGGGUGCUCGUGUUCCUGCUGACGGACGGCGUGAGCUCCACCGACCCAGCGGCCGCCGCCGACGCGCUCAAGGGCGACAACGGCACGGUGUUCGCCAUCGGCGUGGGCGGCUACGUGCGUGAGCAGCUGGAGCCGCUGUCGUCCAGUUACGUCGACGGCUCGCGGCUCUUCUUCGGCGUGUCCAGCUUCGCCGUGUUCGAUGUCGUCGCCAAGUACCUCGAAGCAGCAUAUAACAACUCUACGAGCCAAUGUGCAACCAUUUGAAGCGUUGGCUAUCAUGUAGUUCAAGGAUCGUACAACGUGAUUUGACACACCACUUACAAGCCCUGACGAUCAACUACGAAAAUGCUUUUACGAAUCAGUUGAUGGGAAUAUCUUUCUAGAUUUGUUGCCUGUCGCUGUUUUGAACUGUAGUACUGUAGAAACACUGAAGUGUAAACACUAUUUACUCAAGUCUGAAUAAAAGUACAGUGGUUCAGA